AUGCAAAACGGGGAAUUAAACGGAAGUGGAGAAUAUAAAGAUAAACAAGGGGGAGGUGCAGGUCUUCCCCUGACAAAAGUUGAAAACAACGAAGGGAAGAAAGUGUUAACAAACGGUAUGAGCAGAGUUCAUCGAAUUCUUUCUGAAGAUGAAAUUAAUCAGGGCAAAACGACGCGCUGGACUGAGUUAGAAAUUCAUGGGCGGGUACGAAACCUCUCAAAUGCAUUGUGGCAGGUCAGUCAUCUGUCAGCGUUAUUUUUAAACGGAAAUCAGUUGACUCGUGUUCCGCCAGAAAUAUCUCAGUUGACGAAUUUGACGAUGUUGGACUUGUCCCACAACAAACUUAGAAGCCUCCCGGCCGAACUGGGUGAUAUGAUAUCGCUAUGUCACCUCUAUCUUAAUCAUAACCAGCUUCGAGUACUGCCGUAUGAAUUGGGAAAGCUUUUCAGGAUACAAACGUUGGGCCUUCAAGGGAAUCCUUUAUCUCCAGAGAUCAACAAAAUUUACCAUGAAAGCAACGGAUCUCAUAAACUGUUGCAUUUCCUUCACGAUCAUUUAGCGAGCCAACAUUCAAAUGGGCCAAGCAGGAGCAUCUGUGUGGGUCGAGGAACUGGUAAGCGUUUUGCGCGCCGUGCCAAAAGAUGGGCUGAGCUACAACAGAGACGAUACAAUCAACGACUUAUCGCGUUUCGCACUGGAUUCCUUGAUUCUUCCGAACCCCAGUCCUGCUUCUAUAGCUCACUGGAUCUGCAGAACGCGGCAAUUCGAGUGGUAAAGCUUGAUAAUGCUCCAGAUCCUAACACCAAUGUGGAGAAUGUUCGUCAAUCGAUUUCAUGCUGGUUCUCACCGUGUCCAUGUUGCCGGGAGAUGUCUGCUCAUGGCUCGAUUUCAUCCUUCGAGACUUCACUGUUUCUAACAGCAGCAUCCAUAGAGUAUGCUGCGCGUAAAAAUUUCUCGUCAUACCAGGUUGUGCCUAAUUCAACACAUUCGCCAACGUCGAGUUUAAUAGAUUCGAAUCAUGACAGGACCCACUGCACUCCUUUUGCAUCGAACGCUGAAAUCAUUGAUCUACUUUCCCUCGUUACUACUGAUUUGUGCGUUACAUCCACAUCCACCUCAAAUGGAAACGAUUCAGCUACCAACCUCGACAAAUUUUCAUUGCAUUUACCUUUGAGCUCCUGCUCAAAACCACUGGAUGGACGUUUUGUUAAUACUGCUCCACCUCCAGAGCGGGAAUGGGUGAUGAUUCGACACGCAGACCCAGAUCGACCAAUAGCUACUUUCACUGUAUUGUGCUACAAUGUACUUUGUGACAAAUAUGCUACCGUUAACCAAUACUCAUAUUGUCCGUCUUGGGCACUCAACUGGGAAUACCGGAAGAUGUCUAUUAUGAAGGAGAUUCGUAACUAUGAAGCGGAUAUCAUCACAUUACAGGAAGUUGAAACCGAGCAAUUUCGCCUAUUAUUUCAACCAGAGCUGAAGAUACUCGGUUACACCGGUAUUUUCUCGCCAAAAUCUCGUGCGAAAACGAUGAAUGAGGAGGACCGAAAAUACGUAGAUGGAUGUGCCAUUUUCUGGAAAUCAGAGAAAUUCGAAAUGGAACGAGAACAUCUGAUAGAGUUUACGCAAGUUGUGGUGAAAAAGGCUUCUACAUCUGAGCACAUGCUUAAUAGGGUGAUGCCUCGAGAUAACAUCGCUUUGUGUGCUGUCCUUCGCAUCAAGGACAACGUCUAUAACAAUCGACGGCUAACGAUGGCUGCUGCGGACAACGUAGUGGGUUCACCACUCGUUGUUUGCACUGCACAUAUACACUGGGAUCCCGAAUUGUGUGAUGUUAAAUUAGUUCAAACGAUGAUGCUUGCGCAUGAGCUGUACAGACUUCUUGAGGAGGUGGCUGACCAAUUUCGAAUAACACCGCAGCAAACUCCCGUUCUCAUAUGUGGUGAUUUGAAUUCACUACCAGAUUCAGGCGUGUUCGAGUUUCUUUCGCGUGGCCAAAUAUCGAGGUCUCAUCCGGACCUGAAAGGGUUCCGGGAGGACACCUGCUUGGAGCGGUUUUCUUCGAGCACUCGCGAUCCGACCAGUUACAAUCACUCAUUACGCCUUGAUUCUGCCGUGGAAUUGUGCAAUAUACCAUUCACGAAUUACACGUUGGAUUUCAAAGGCAUGAUCGACUACAUUUUUUCGACGCCCCAGUCGCUCGCCAGGCUCGGUUUCCUGGGCGCUUUCGACUCGAACUGGGUUGCUCAAAACAAGAUAAUUGGUUUUCCACAUCCCCACGUCCCAUCCGACCACAUUCCGAUAAUGGCGCAAUAUGCUGUAAUACCGACGAGUCACCAGCGUGCGCCACCACCUCCACAUGCACUGACCAGCUUUCCUCGAUAG